AUGAGCAAGGGACCUGGACUCUUCUCUGAAUUCGGCAAGAAAGCCAAAGAUUUGCUCAACAAGGACUACAGCUCCGACCAGAAGAUAACAAUCUCUUCUUCCAGUUACUCUGGAGUGGCUAUUACUUCAAAUGUGGCCAAGAAAGGAGGGCUGUCUUCCGGAGAUGUGGGAGCACGUUACAAACACAGGAAUGCUGAAGUUGAUGUUAAACUGGACACAGAAUCAAAUAUUGUAACAACACUCAGUGUCACAGAUUUUCUGCCAUCCACAAAAGCUAUUGCUUCAGUUAAACUGCCUGAUUACAACUCUGGCAAGUUUGAGGUGCAAUAUUUACAUCAACAUGCUAGUUUCACUGGAGCUGUGGGUCUGAACAAGUCUCCUGCUGUUGAUUUUUCGGCAGCCAUCGGUACUCCCAGCAUUGCCUUUGGCGCGGAGGCAACCUAUGUGACAGCUUCUGCUGAAUUUACAAAGUACAACACUGGUGUGAGCUUGACAAAGCCAGAUUCCAAUGCUUCAGUGAUUCUGGCUGAUAAAGGAGACUCAAUAAGGUUUUCCUAUUUACACAACCUGAAUCAGCUGAAUGGAGGAGCUGUGGUGGGAGAGAUGAGUCGUAGGUUCUCUACUAAUGAGAACACAUUAACAGUUGGAUGUUCGUAUGUAGUUGAUCCGCAGACACUGCUGAAGGCAAAGCUCAACAACCAUGGCAAUCUGGGGGCUCUUCUACAGCAUGAGCUCAUACCCAAGUCCUUCCUGACAAUUUCUGGUGCCUUUGACACCAAAGCCUUGCAGAAGACUCCCAAGUUUGGAUUAGCACUGUCUCUUAAGCCUUGA